GGUUUGUCAGUACGACGAAGAGAACCAAUGCGACGUGAUUGUGCUAGUGGUUAUCUUUUACCCAUAAGUGUUGUGCUACUUCUUGUUAGUAUAUUUUUUUCACAUCGAUCUUUCUUCGGAACACCCGUUACAAGUUAAACGCUCACGAAUGGGAAAAUGCAUGCGAUAAAAAAACUCGCAUUGCUACCAGGAGCUUUCCCACUUCUCGUUCGAUCCAUAACAGCUGUUGAAAACAUGAGUGGAAACCAGGAUUACAAAUCGGCUAAAUCGAUUUACGAUUUUACAGCUGUUUCCAUUAAAGGCGAAGAAGUUCCUCUGUCAAAGUAUGAAAAUCAUGUUUGCUUGAUCGUAAACGUGGCUUCGAAGUGCGGACUAACUGCGACGAACUACAAGGAAUUGAAUGAACUCUACGACGAGUACGCCGAAUCCAAAGGUUUACGUAUCCUGGCUUUUCCAUGUAAUCAAUUUAAUGGCCAAGAACCUGGUACUAGUGAUGACAUUUGUAGCUUCGCUGACAGACAAAAGGUGAAGUUUGAUUUAUUCGAAAAAAUAGACGUCAACGGCGACAACACUCAUCCUUUAUGGAAAUAUUUGAAAAAGCACCAGGGUGGUACCUUCGGUAAUUUCAUCAAAUGGAAUUUCACAAAGUUCAUCGUCGACAAGAAAGGACAAGUAGUCGAACGUCAUGGCCCUAACGUCGAUCCUAGCAGCUUGAAGGAAAAUCUUGAGAAAUAUUUUUAAUUAAUAAAAAAAAAAAA